CGUAGGCCUGGGCGUCGGCAAUACACUUCACUCACUGCUGCUGCGUAGAAAACAAAACAGCAAACGCCUCUUCACUCAGGGAGCGCGGAGGUGUUUCUUACAUAAACGAAAACUUAAUAAGUAAACAACAACAUGCAUUCAGUCACGCUGGACAGCAGUGGUUCGCCAAAGAAGCGGACGUUAUCUCGGGGACUGAGCGAGGAUGAGUCGCUGCGCAGCAUUAUAAAAGAGACCGAAAGUUCAUCCAGACGUCUGACACGAAGCGACAGUCGAGCAGGCACCCUGAAGAGGCGGACUGACAGUCAGCAGUCAGACCAGGACCUCUACAUGGGACUCCCAGACAUGCUGGAGCUGCAGGCCAGCUAUGAAGAGGUGGUGCAGGAGCUGCGUGGGCUGGAGGUCGAGCGAGAGACUCUGUUGUUCCAGGUGGACGUCCUGCAGGACACGCUGGAGGGUGUUGAGGAGCUGCUGGCGGAGGCCCAGAGGGAAGCUGGACAGGCUAGUUUGGAUUUGGAACGAGAGAGGGAGGCCAAAAGGAAAUUGGAGAGCAUGGUCUGCUCUCUGAUGCAAGAGGUGAAAAGAUUAAAAGAGGACAACCAAGAUAAAGAUAACAAAGCAUCUGCUACAGUGAACACACGUGACAGUGUGGAUGGGGUAAUGAGUCAAGGACGACAAAUGGAAAAUGAUACAAAGGAAUCGAUGAAAGACUCCUUGCUGUGUGAACCCCAAGGCAGUGAAAGCAGAGGCAGAGCGUCAGAGAAGGUAGGACAGACCGAAGAAGUAGAGGAUGAGGGAAGCCUCCUGACGAAGCUGCGGAAGAUGGUCACUAAGCCCCUGGACCACAUGCCGUCUCUUGCAGUGGACGACCCGUCCUCUGCAGACGGCGUCCUACAGAGGCCUUACGAAAACGGUGUCAAGGACGGACGAGAUCCUUCUCCGGACAGGAACGACUCCGACAGCAUAGCAAGUGCCUACGAGGAUGCAUCUGCUGAGACUCCAGAGCAGGACAGGAUGUUUCCGGGUGAAGUGGACAAUUUGGAGCUGCCUGAUGAUUCUGAGAAAAGUUCUCCUAACAACUGCCUGGUCAAUGACGAGAAAACCCAAGACCUCAAAAACCCUGACGCUUGUGUUGUGUCUUAAUCUGUUUCAUCUACCACUGGAUAAAAGGGUAAAGGUGAUUGAUUAUUGAUCAUUUGGUGUAAUUCAAGAGCUCUUUGAUUUACCCACAUCUGACAUUAUUUUUCUUUAAAAACCUUGAGGCCAACAAUACCUAAUAAUUAGAACUCUAACAAGUAGACAAUGGAAAGAAAAUUAAUCAGCCACUAUUCUGACAAUCGAUUUGAUCGUUUCUGUCAAUUUUCAUGAAAAUUCCAAUUAACUGUUGGUUUUAGCUUCUGAAUUGUGAAAAUGUGCUGCUUUUCUUUCUCAUAUAGUAAACAAAAAUAUCUUUGGGAUUUGGACCGCUGGUGGGAAUUUUAAGACGCCGCUAGAGGCUCUGGGUAAUUUUAAUGAUAAUUUUACACAAUUGCAGCUUUACUAAUAAUGAGUUGUAAUACACCGUAAGUGUAGGUUUUAAAGUCACAACAAAGAAACUCAGGAUCCAGGAGGUUUACUAGCUGUAAUUCCACUACUGACUACUUAAUAUUCUUUGCCAAUGAUUUAUUUUUCUAUUUGUCAUAUCUGUUUUGUAAUUUGUGGAUAGACAUGGAUAAUAGUCCGUGCUGCUUUUACCGUUUACCUCCUUUUAAUAAGGUUUGUUUCUUUACCAACAGCUGCCAGGUCAGAUAUCAGGAUUUACCUGUAGACAAAAUAAAGGGAGCUCUGUAAUUAUUUUGACAGGGAUGGUUUUUCUAUUUUGGCUCCUAUCGCAUCAGAAACGUAGGAAUAAAGUCUAUAAGAUAGCGAUUUUUUUUUUUAAGGAAGGGAAAAUGCCAUUUAUUUGCUGCCUUGUUGAUCUUUACGAUAAGAUGUUUAAUUGUUUUUAACUUACUAUUUACACCCCUUUUUCCUGUUUUAAUGUUGAAUUUAGGGAAAUGGAUUUGGCCGCAUUUGCACUUUUUAAAGUUCUUGUAUUGUGGCAUAAAUUUGUCCGAUUUCAUGAGAAACAACAUUCCCUUAACAACCAAACACGCAACGAGCUGACCUGCUGCAGGCGCCUUCUCUGCCUGCAUGGUGAUACUGUAUGUUUGCACAUUUGCAGUGAAAUUUGCUGUAAGUAGUCUCUUUUGACUUCUCUGAUUGCUGUAAACACUUUGUAUUUAAUCACAAUUUGCUUUUUACAAUGUUGGAUUUCUUUCAUGCUCAAGGCAGGAAUAGAACCUUUCAACUCAUGUGUGAUAGUUUGUACGAGUACCUAAGAAUGUAUAUUGAUUUCCAAAUAUCACAUGAAUUGAUGUCAAUCAGUACUUUUGCACGUAUAUAUAAUGUACACAUAUAUAACAUAACAAUUUGAUAUGGUAUUUACUGCAACAAUUGGUAUUUUGAAGGGAUUUAAAUUUUGUUUGCAAAUAAUGUAUCAUUCUGUCAUUUCCUGUUCUGUUAUGGUGGCUCUUUACAAAAUUCACACAAAGUGGACAUUUGAAAAUAGGUAGAAUGCUGUGGCAUUCAGCUGCUUUUUAUUUUGUGAGUUUAAGGCAGUGUGUUAAUGUUUGUAUUGACUCAUUUGCCUUUUGCAUUUCAACAUUAUGCUGAUUCACCUGAUUAUUUGUUGUGUUGGCUGCCAUGAUACACAAAGCCUCGGACACAAACGACUCAGAAUACAUGCCGUUUGUUCCACACAAUAAGCCGAUGGGAGGUUAUGGUUACUGUGGUCAGGUCAUUUCCAACCAACGUUGGUCAGAUGUUUCCACAAUCAAUGAUUGUUUAUGUUGUCAUCCACGAUUAAUUUUAUGUUCCUGUUGAUUUCCUGUCAGGUCAGAGGAUUUGGUUUGUUGAAACAAACUAGUAAAGUUAGGUCACUCUGACUUAGACUUCCAUCACUGGAGCUAUUUUUGAUUUUUAACAGACAGCAGUGGGUUUAUUGACAAUUUGUAAUCAAAGGGAUUUUGUGUUUCAUUUUCCUUAAUGCAAUGGGUCUACAUAUUUUUGACAUUUGUUUUGUAUGACAUGUUCAAAUGUAACUGUAAAUUACAUACAUUUAUACUUGUAACGAAUAAUACAUUCCAGACAUAUCAAAUUAAAAAAUGUGAAUAAUGCUAA